GGGCUGCGCUCCGGCGCUGGUAGAGCCGUCUCGGCCCGGCUCCUCCCCUGGAGUGUCAGAGGCGGCGGCGAACCGCUGGAGGUAGGGUGCAGCAGCCGGAGGAGGAAGCAGCUGCGUCGGCGAAGGCGGAGGCGAUUUUCCCCCCGGAGGAGCCGCGCGCUGGACGGCAGAACAGAUGUUCUACCAUGGAGCUGUGUCCCUUCCUUGAUAAUAACACUGAGCUCACUGGCAAACGCAGAAGAAGAGGCUCCUUUCAUUGAUAGUCACAGCCAGACCCCCUCACAGCCACAGUCCUUCUAAGGAGUCAAUGGAAAGGCCUUAAGACCUGGUGUGGAAAAUCCAUUUUAAUCAUGGAACUGGAUAAGUCUUCUGUCUGGGGAUCAUUCAAACAAAAAACAAGAAGGUUACAGAACUUCAGCAUCAGAAGGACUAAGAAAAGCUCUUCUAAACUAGUGGAGACCAGGAAAAGGCAUCCGUUAGACCGGCGUCUUAGUUCCUCAGUACCGGACAUGUUGGACGUGGAGACAGUUGUUGAAGAAGAAAUGAAUUGUUCGCGUUCCAAGGCUCUGUCCACUUAUUUCCCCAGUGGUUUUUCUGCAACGGAGAUGUUCCUUCAGGAGAGCAGCAGCUCUUCCUCAAAACAGACUGGGGAGAAGUGGCAGUGGAACCAGCAGGAGACUGUGCACUUGGAAAUUGGAGUUGAGGAACCGGUUGCUUGUGGCCCACAGUUGGACGUGAAGCGGAAAUCGAGUGAAGAUCUCUUUGAAUUAUUGAAAAGAAGCAGUUUUAGCAGUGACCUUGCAGAAGAUGUUCUUGAGCGUUCGUAUGGCGGAGGCUCCAUCCUUGACUCCUCCAGCUCUUCUCAGCUGUUUGAGGAGCAGUCGAUGCUUGAGGAAGGAAGCGAUGGUUUGAGCAAAUUGCCCACCACAUUUGCAUAUCUGUUAACAAUACAUCUGAAGGAAGGCAGAAACCUGGUCAUCAGGGAUCGCUGUGGUACGAGUGACCCUUAUGUGAAGUUUCAGCUGAAUGGGAAAACGCUUUUCAAAAGCAAAGUCAUCUAUAAGAACCUGAACCCUGUUUGGAAUGAAACUGUCAUAAUUCCAAUACAGGCCCUUGACCAGAGACUCUGCGUGAAGGUGUAUGAUCGAGAUUUAACCUCUUCAGACUUCAUGGGUUCAGCGGUUGUCAUGCUGGGUGAACUGGAACUGAACAGGACUAGUGAGUUGACCCUAAAACUGGAAGAUCCAAACAGCUUAGAGGAUGACAUGGGUGUGAUAUUGUUGGACGUGAGGCUUGCUGUGAAACAAGGAGAUGUUAAAAGAAAUAGAUGGACGAACCGAAGAAAGCGUUCUACCCCCAAGGCAAGUGUCAUUCGAUCCUUGAGGCUGACAGAUUCCUGGCGGAAGAGCCAGCUGUGGAAUGGGACGGUGACCAUUGCCUUAAUAGAAGGGAAGCACAUCCCUGCAGGGGGCAUGGCACAGAUAUUUGUUGUGUUGAAAAUGGGAGAGCAAAAAUACAAGAGUAAGACACUUUGUAAGAGUGCAAAUCCACAGUGGAGGGAACAAUUUGAUUUUCACUACUUCUCUGACAGGAAGGAUGUGUUGGAGAUUGAGAUCUGGGGAAAGGAUAACAAAAAGCACGAAGAAGUUUUGGGAAUGUGUAAAGUUGAUGUUAGUGCGCUCCCUGGAAAACAGGCCAACCAUUUGGAAUUGCCCUUGGAGAAACAGCCUGGGUCCCUGUUGAUGGUGAUCUCUGUCAUUCCCUGCUCAGGAGUUUCUAUCUCUGAUUUGUGUGUUUGCCCUCUGGGAGACCCCAGUGAGAGGAAACAACUUUUCCAGCGCUAUUGCAUCAGGAACUCUUUCCAUAACAUAAAGGAUAUUGGAUUUUUGCAAGUCAAAUUAUUAAAAGCUGCUGAUCUGUUGGCUGCUGAUUUUUCUGGAAAAAGUGACCCCUUUUGUGUGUUGGAGCUGGGGAAUGGCAGACUUCAGAGUUACACUGUUUACAAAAACCUUAAUCCAGAAUGGAACCAGGUCUUCACAUUCCCCGUUAAAGACAUCCACGAUGUUCUAGAAGUGACGGUGUUUGAUGAAGAUGGAGAUAAGCCUCCCGAUUUCCUGGGCAAAGUUGUGAUCCCUUUACUGUCUAUUAGAAAUGGUGAGCAAAGUUGCUACACCCUGAAGAACAAAGACCUGGAACUUCCCUCAAAAGGUGUCAUCUACUUGGAGCUGGAUGUUCUAUUUAAUCCUGUAAAAGCCAGCAUCAGAACCUUUUUUCCACGCGAAAGGCGGUUUUUGGAAGACAACCGCAAGUUUUCAAAGAAGAUCUUGUCGAGAAACGUUGACCGUGUGAAAAGAAUCACUAUGGCAAUAUGGAACAUGAUACAGUUUCUCCAAAGCUGCUUUCUGUGGGAAUCUCCCGUAAGGAGUGUGAUAGCAUUUGUGGUAUUCGUUGUCACGGUUUGGCAUUUUGAUUUGUACAUGGUGCCCUUGGCUUUACUGCUCCUUUUUGCUUACAACUUCUCCCUCAUCUCUCCAGAGAAAGUGUCCAGCGCACAAGACCCCCAGGACUGCAUUGAUGUAGAGGAGGAUGAAGAUGACGACGACAAGGAAUCUGAUAAAAAAGGCUUGAUAGAAAGAAUCCACAUGGUUCAAGACAUUGUUAUAACAGUCCAAACACUUUUGGAGGAAAUCGCAUCUUUUGCAGAGAGGAUAAAGAACACAUUCAACUGGACAGUUCCUUUCCUCUCUAGCCUGGCCUGUUUAGUCCUUGCAGUAGCCAUGAUCACCCUGUAUUACAUACCACUAAGGUACAUCGUUUUAAUCUGGGGCAUAAAUAAAUUUACUAAGAAGCUUAGAAACCCUUAUGCCAUUGACAAUAAUGAGUUGCUCGACUUCCUCUCCAGGGUGCCAUCUGAUGUUCAAAGGGUGCAACGUGCUGAAUUGAAACCAUACAGUGGCUCUAGUCCCAUUAGGAAGAAACGGAGUGCUCUGUAGGAUAUGAAGCUUGGAAUGCGUCAUGCACGUGCGCACACACAUAGACAGACACACUCCGUUGCAAAUGUACACGCAGGAUCUCCCCUGCCCUCUCCUGAUCAGUCCAGUGCUGUGGUCCCUACCUUGUGUCCAAGAUGUUUCAUCUGCAAGACAUGCAUCAACCUAUAUAGAUAUAUCCUGUGUAUCUGACUCUUUUCCCAAGCACAUUGAUAUGCCCCUGUAAGAACCAAAUGAGAACUGGAGAAGCUGGAAUGGCUUUCAGUGUGGAUUUUGGAGUCGAAACCAUACAAGGGACUUCCUCUCAUUUUUGUAUCAUAGAAAAACAAUCUCUCUCUUUUUGCUUCACACAGCAGAUCAACAAAGCUGAUAUGAAAUGUUCUGGGUUACUUUACUUUUUAAAACAUAUCCAGCAGAUUGGCAUCAAGACAGAAGAAAAGAGUCAUUGUUAGGCCAAAUGACAGUGUGUAGAUGGUAUUCAACUCUCAAUUAGUGAGUCUUUGAUGCCCAACUUCGGCUAUAAGCAAUGUACAGUUUGAAAAAUUGUUCUAUCAUAAUUACGAGAAAUUGCUUAGUGCUGUAGCAGUCUCGAUUUUUUCUCACCCAGCAGUUGCUGCUGCUGUUUAUUCAUUAUAAACUGUUUGUACCUGCUGCUGUUCUUGGGAGGAGUCUUUUGCUGGCAACAGACUUCCUUCAAUCAGCCACUCAACAGGAAUACCAGAACCAAAUCUUCUCUGGACCCUAUGGAUUUCCGAUUUUACCUUCUAAAAUUCCAUCUUAUCAAACUCUUUGUCCCUUCCCUCCACACCUUCAUCUAAAGACUUGCCAACACUACAUAUGCAAAGUAUUUUUUAUAACCUUAUAUGCAUUGAUUUGCAUCACGCCAAAGGAAAUGCUAUAACAAAAAUGCCUGUGAUUUUUUUUUUUAAAUGAGCUAUUUUAAAAAUGUGCAAUCUGGAUGGUGGUUGUGUUACAUUAUACAUUGCUAGUUGCAUUUAGAGGACUGAAGUGACUUUUGAGUUCUAGUCUGUCUUGCAAACAGGGGAAAUUAUGCCAGAAAAGCAGAAGAGAAGAGAACAUGGUUGUGGAAUCCAGAGUUGUGUGUGUUCAUCAAAUCCCCUGAAUGUAUUUUAGUUAUUCCUUUGAUGCCACGCAUUGGUCAAGAGUGGAGAUGGUGAUACUUUUCCAGCUAGUGGGCUGGAUUCUCAGGUCACUCGACACCCACAGAUCAUUUUGACAGGUGGGCAUGGCUGCAGAACCUGCCAAUCACCAUGAUGUUGGGUGAAGUGCUUCCAUUGUCAAGCUGCAUGGGCAAAGGCACUGAUGACCAGCUGAUUGGCAGAGCUCUGUAAGGACCACUGAUUAGACUGCAAACCCUACUUCCUUAGCCCAUGCAGCUUGUCUUUAAAUCACGUGGGUAAAGGCACAGGGCUUUGCAACCACUGGGAGUCAGUGGAUCAGCAGUGCUUCCAAGCCCUGUUUUUGGUAGAGAGCAAAAUCUUUACCUGACCGAAACCUGAUCAUAAGACAUUAGGUGUAAGAGAGGUGACCAUGGUUGGAGAAAAAAAGCAUUGUGGGUGAAUUAGGACCCCCUGCUGGGCUUAAUUAGGCUCAUAGGCUGAAGGUUCCCAAUUGCUGGUUCCCAAGAGCAGCCUUUUCCACUCUAGGAUGGGUCCCAGGUGUUGUUAGACUACAACCCCUGCUAGAAUUGCCCAAGGACAAUGGGAGUUGUAGUCCAGUAAUUGAGGAGUGUGGUUGAGGAAGGCAAAUCUAGAAGAAUAGUUCUUGCUUUGUAUAUGAAAAGGCUAUAAUGAUUGAGUUCCCAGGCAAGCCUUAUCCUUCAAGAGGAAAGGCAAGAGGGAACAUAACUUUUUUAAAAGCUAUUUUUUAAAAAACAAAGAAAUUCUGGUGGGGAUGGGGGGAGGAAUGGAUUCCGUUUGCAAUUAAAGGUGAACCUACCUAAUGUGCACUUUCUAAAACAAUAUACAUACUGAAACACAGGCAGCUUUCAGAAUUUGCAUUUCUCUGAAUACAAAAAUGCAUACAUUAGGGGAAGGUGGGCACACGAGUGCAUAUAUUAAUGAAAAUAAUAUACAAAAUGCCUUAUACUGGGGGAAAUUGUUUGGGAACAUGUGUAUAUUUGUCAAAGCUGCAUAGAAAAAUGUGUAUGUGUAUAUAUUAGGAGAAACACUGGUGAAUAAGGGUUUUCUAAAAUUGCAAAUUGCUGCUGAAAUGUGGGAAGUAGAAUAUAAGAUGGUUAAAGCAAGAAAACCAGGAUUGACAGAUUUAUGCUUUCUUACAUGAG